AUGGCCUGGAGGCAGAGGUAAGAGUCUGGGAGCCCUCUGUGCUGUGGGAGCAUCCACAGGUCGCUUUCUCUCUUAUUCGCCCUUGUGACUUCAGUAAACGCAUUAAGUCUUCCUCAGGCAUUGAAUCCUGCCUUCCAAGGCUCUGUCACUUGCAAGGAAGAUGAAGUGAGAGUUAAGUUUCCAAGGGGUUUUGACAUGGAAAGAUGGAAUCCUUCUGUGGUGGAUACCAUUGGCAUGGAAAUUUUAAAUUGCACUUAUGUCCUGGACUCAGAAAAUCUCAUCAUGAAGUUCCCCUAUGAAACCUGUACUAAAAGAGUGAUGGGUGGAUACCAGGUGAACAUCAAACUCCAGGACAAUAGUACAAGUAUAAGAUACAAAGAUGGCAUGCAUCAUUUCUUCUGCCCAUCACUGAAAAAAGAGGACAAUGAGAUAUCAGAUACUACACUCUGCAUGAAGGAUUUUGUAUCCUUUUCUUUCUCACAACUUUUCUCUAGGCUUGCUGAUGAUAAUCAGGUAAGAAAUGUAUCUGAGACGGGAUGGAUCGUUAAAAUCCUGGAUGGUUCAAGAGUCCACACUCUGCCCCUGAAGGAUGCCUUAAGACAAGGAUUUAACAUUCUGAUUGACACCCAGAAAAUAACCCUCCAAGUGCCAUUCAAUGCCACUGGAGUAGCUCACUAUGUGGAGGGGAGCAGCCACCUCUAUGUUGUGAGGGUGAACUUCUUAUUCUCAUCUUUUGGGCAGAAGAUCACCUACGCGUCGCAGGCUAUUUGUGCAUCAGAUCUUCCUGUGGCUUGUAACACCACACACAUGACUCUCACUAUACCAGAGUUUCCUGGGAAGCUACAGUCUGUGGGCUUUGGACAAAGGAGCAUCCCUGAGAGCCAAUGGCAUGCCAAUGGGAUUGACAAAGAAGCAAGAAAUGGCUUGAGACUGCAUUUCAGAAAAACUCUCCUAAAGAUAAAACCCUCUGAAAAGUGUCUACCCUAUCAAUUCUACUUCUCAUCACUCAAUCUGACCUUUGACCUCCAACCGCACAUGGCAUCCUUGCUGAUCGAUCCUGAGUGCCACUGUGAGUCACCAGUCUCUUUAGUUACAGGUGACCUGUGCAGACAGGAUGGGUUUAUGGACUUUGAGGUCUACAGCCACCAAACAAAGCCUGCUCUGAACCUCAAGACCCUCCUGGUGGGAAACUCGUCCUGCGAGCCUACCUUCAGGGAUCUGUCUCAGGGGCUCGUAAGGUUUCACAUACCUCUGAAUGGGUGUGGAACACAACAGAAAUUUGAAGGUGAUAAAGUCAUCUAUGAGAAUGAAAUACAUGCUCUCUGGAAAAAUCUACCACCAAGAGUCAUAUUCAGAGACAGUGAGUUCAGAAUGACAGUGAGGUGUCAUUACCUCAGAGACAGUAUGCUACUAAGUGCCAAUAUCAAAGGCCUUUCUUCUCCAGCAGCCUCUGUAAAGCCAGGUCCAUUGGUGUUGGUACUGCAAACCUACCCAGAUAAAUCCUACCAACGACCUUACAGGAAGGAAGAAUACCCACUAGUGAGAUACCUCCGCCAGCCCAUCUACAUGGAAGUAGCUGUCUUGAACAGGAAUGAUCCCAACAUCAAGCUCAUCUUAGAUGACUGCUGGGCAACAUCCUCUAUAGACCCAGCCUCUGUCCACCCUGGUGCCUCUUUUCUAGCUGUGAAUAUGAAUUGGAACUACCACACUACUUUCCAUCCAGCCGCUUCCUCCGUGGCCCAUCCUACACACUACCAGAGGUUUGACGUGAAGACCUUUGCCUUCGUGUCAGAGGCGCAGGGGCUCUCGAGCCUGAUCUACUUCCACUGUAGUGCCUUGAUCUGCAACCAACCUUCCCUUGACUCCCCUCUGUGCUCUGUGACAUGCCCAGCACCACUGAGGAGCAAACGAGAGACUACCAAAGAGGAAACAAUGACAGUUAGCCUUCCAGGACCUAUUCUCUUGUUGUCAGAUGACUCCUCACUUAAAGGUGUUGUGGACCCCAACAGGUACGCGAUUACCAAAGACACCACUUCUAAAACAGUGGCUGCUGUGGCUGCGUUAGUGGGUGCGGUGGUUAUUAUAGGCUUUGUCUAUUACUUGCAUAAGGAAAGAACUGUGAGGUAGGAUCACUAA